AUGAAAGGGCAGGAUGAGCCUGGGUGGCUCCAUGAAGACUCUGCAGAAACAGCUGGUGUGUCCCACCUGUCUGGAGAUGUUCACCAAGCCGGUGGUCAUCCUGCCCUGCCAGCACAACCUCUGCAGGAAGUGUGCCAACAACAUCUUCUAGGCAGCCAAUCCCCUGUGGCAGGCCCGUGGCUCCGCCUCCAUGUCCUGGGGGGGGGGUGUUUCCGCUGUCCCUCCUGCCUCCAGGAGGUGGCGCUGGACCGACACGGAGUGUCCGGCCUGCAGAGGAACCUGCUGGUGGAAAACAUCAUAGACGUCUACAAACACCACGCCUCCAGGUCCCUCCCCUCCCAGCCAGAGCAGCAGCAGUUAGUGUGUGAGGAGCACCAGGAGGAGAAGAUCAACAUCUUCUGCCUGAGCUGCCAGACCCCCAGCUGCUCCCUCUGCAAGGUGUUCGGCCUCCACAAGGACUGUGAGGUCGCACCCAUACUGACCGUCUACGAGACACAGAAGUCAGAGCUGAGCAACGGCAUUGCUGUUUUGGUGGCAGAGAACGACCAAAUCCAGACCCUCAUCUCUGAGAUGGAGGAGGUCUGCAGGAACAUAGAGGACAGCGAGCGUGUUAUCAAGAAGAGGUUGAGUGACAGCUUUGACGACCUAUUAGGCGCCCUGGAGGAGAGGAAGGAGCAGCUGAUUGGUGAGAUCGGACGGCAGCAAGACCGCAAGCUCAGACAUGUCCACUCCCUCAUCCAUCGCCACGGAGACCACCAGGAGGGCGUGGCCAAGCUGCUGGAGACGGCCAGCCAGACCAUGGAGGAACCUCACAUGGCUGUGUUCAUACAGACAACCAAGGACAUACUGGAAAAGUACGUGAAGUUAAAAGUUAGGGUGUGAAUAGCAUGAUCUCUAACAAGAACUAAAACAUUCACAUAGGUAAAAGUUUGGUUAAGGCAUGGG